UUGAUUAAUGGCGGGUGGCGCAACGAAGGUCUUCUCAGUGUGCCCUCAUGGCACAACACUCAGUCAACAGCAUGCUCGCGACGUGACGCCCGCGUUAAAGUAUGUGUGAAACGCUACACAUGGUCACGUACACACUACUCUGGCGUGACGUCACGCCAAGUCUGCAUCGGUCCUUGCGAACUUGCGCUGCAAAAGCAGGCCUACGAAAUUUUGCUACGGUAUCCUGCGGAAAAUUUUAUUUGUGAGAUCUUCAUCUCGCAGUGAAAAAACAACUCUUUACCACGUGUACUUGAUUUCGCAAUUCUUGUUCAUUUACGGCAAAAACAUUUGUCUUUUUAUCCGUGAGGGAAAUCUUCUUCCAGUCCGAGACACAACCGUGACACUAACGGAUUGGCUCUUCGUUCGAAGCAGCGCGGUGCUAGUUUCUCAUCUUCACUUUCACGGUCGCCAACAUGGCUGAAGCCAAGGGAAAGAAGGGGAAAAAAGGCGGGAAGAAGACGGUCAUGUCGCUGGAUGUGUUCCUGGGGGAUUCCAGUCCGACCGCGGCGACAGGACUGGAUUUGGAUUGGGCCAGCGAACUGGAGAACAAUCUGCCAUCAGAACCGUACUCCGCCGGGCGUCCGCGGGGCUCCAUGGACAAGGGCGCCCUGCCCUCGGCGCCGCGGUCCAUGCUGGGCGGCGAGCUGGAUCUGUCGCGCAUCCCCGAGCACCCGCCCUUCUCCCUGUACCUGAACAAUGCCCCCUUUGAAGUCAGCGCCGAGCAGAUUGUCAAGUUCUUCGUGCCGCUGGUCCCGAGUAGUGUGCAGGUCAACGAGGACCGCCGCAAACCACCCAUGGUGGAGUUCGACACGCGCGAUCUCCUCAUCCGGGCUCUCAAGGAGAAAUCCGAUUCGGCGAUCACCGGGCGGAAGAUCUAUCUGAAGCUGCCGUCGGAGAUGGAGCAGCAGCGCGGCGAGCGGGGCGGACGGGACUAUAAUCGCGGCGGGAUGGACCGGCGGGGCAGCGGUCCGGAUCUGACGCUGGGCAACUGGCGCACGGCGCAGCCGGAUGUGCCGCGUGAUCAGCCGUCGCCGGGAUUCACCCGGCCCCUCAUGCCCAACGAUAAUGCGCGCCCCUUCACACGCGACGAUAUGCGACCGCCGACACGCGACGACGACUUCCGCGGCGGCGGCGGUGGUUUCGAGCGCUCCUUCGUCCCCGCCCUUCCUCCGCAGGGCGACCGGCGCCCGCCGGGCGGCAGCGGUUUCGGUGGCAUGGACUCCCGCUUCGACACGCGCCCCUUUGAGCGCCCCCCGCCGGCGGCCGUGCCGUCGCACGUGCAGCCCUUCAACCAGGAGCGCGGACCGCGUUUCGACGUGGGCGGCGGCAGUGGAGGCGGUCUGGAGCGGGCGGACUCGCGGGACGACACCAUGUCGCGCGGAUCGUAUGGCUCGCAUCCCUCGUCCCGCCCCAUGAGCCGGGACACUUCCUACGGGGAUCUGCCGCCGCCGGAUUAUGAUACCGGGAUGGGACGACGCGGGGAUCGCUACGGAGGGGUUGGGGGUGGCGCCCCCGCGGGCGGGCGCGGUGGGGACCGCGGCGGACCGGGACGACGCGGGUUCGAUGCGCCAGCGAAUCGCGACCGGGAUCCGGUUAUCCGUCGCAAUGACUCCUUUCAGCGCACGGACUCGUACAGCGGGGAGGCCGCCGGCGCCUCGGGCGGCGACCAGGGCCUGCAGAUGCGCCGCAGUAAUUUCACGCCGCAGAUAUCCCGCGAGCCGCUCAGCCGGCAGGAUUCCCGCGAUUCACAGGGCGCCGCGCCCCCGCCGGCGCAUAACGCGCCGCCGCAGCGUCCCAAGCUGAAUCUGGUACCGCGCACAAAACCGGUGGAGGAGCCGGCCGCCUCCGGGGCCGCCGGCGCCGGCACGCCGACCCCGACGGCCAGCAGCUCGGCCAUCUUCGGCGGAGCGAAGCCGGUGGACACCACCGCCCGCGAGCGGGAGGUGGAGGAGAAGCGCCGCCGCGAGGAGGAGGAAGCGCGCGCCAAGGCCCGUGCCGACGCCGAAGCGCGGGCGGCUGCCGAGCGCGACAAGAAGCUGGCCGGCCCGCCGCCCACCCAGCUGCAGUCCGCAGCUUCCAACGGUGCUUUUGUACCGCGCCGCGACAUGGAUCACCACCGCGGCGGCGGACGCGGCGGCCCCCCACGGGCCUCCGCCCCGCCCCCACCGGAACUGUUCAACCCGCAUCUGCAGGAGAAGCAUCGCAUCCUGCGCCAGACCAGCAGCAACGCCAGCGAGAGCAGCAGCGUCAAUGAACCGCAUCCCGAGGGCGGUGGCGACGAUCACAACGGCGAUGAAGCCGCCCACCCAUCGGGCGGCGGUCAUUCGGCCCAGCACAGCGACGACGGCGAAUUCACCACGGUCAGCCACGGACGCAAGCACAGCGGUCGCCCCUCGGGGGGCCCCAUAGGGGGCGGGGGCGUGGCCACCGCCUACGGGACGCGGACGUUCACCAAUAGUUCGGGGCGGGGCGGCGGCGCCCCUCGGAAUAAUCGGGGGGCGACGGGGGCGGGGGCGGCCCCCCGAAACGGGAGUGGAAGUGGUGGGGGGCGGGGCCCCCGACGGGGUGGGCGUGACGAGGGGAAGGAGUGAAUUUUUUUUUGUCGGGCGGUUGAAUUAAUUUUUGUUUUCGGUUUAAUUAUUGGUAGUCGCGGAAAAAUUACAAAUUAAUAGGAAAAAUGUGGGUUGUGUGUGCACGCUGCUUUUUUGGCUUAAUGUGGAGGUUGAUUUUUUGGUUUUGUUUGGUUUCCUUUUUUUUGUCGGCGUAGGAAUUUGUGGUUAGAAUUCUCUGUCUGUGUGUGCUGUAGGUUUAUUAAUCGCUUUUGUUGGUCAGUGUUCUUGAGUAAUUUCUGGCGGGAAAAUUAAUAAACAGUAUUUAUCAUUAA